AUGAUUACACGAACCAAGACCGGUUGCAUCUCCUGCAGAAUCCGUCGCGUCAAAUGCGACGAAACCAAACCUCAAUGUCUUCGAUGUCAAUCCGCCAAAAGAACAUGCGAUGGCUAUCUCUCCCCUGACAAAAAGAUGUCGCGUCGCCAACUACUGGACGCUCUGAGCAAUUCUUCCAUUGUCGGACCAGCCUCAGAGGUCCUGGCUGCCAAUGACAAAUGCCUGCCUUUAUUGCCUGGACCCAGCCCACCGUUCACAGGCCAACAAGCAUCAUCUUCGGCGUCAUCAUCACCUCAAGACGUCAAAUACUUUGACCAUUUUCGCCGCGCUACAGCACCUAACACAGACGCGUUCAUCCCUUCUAUGUUCUGGGGUCAGGAUCUUUUACAGCUUGCGCAUGACGAACCUGCCAUGUGGCACGCGACCCUCGCUGUUGGAGCCCUACAUCGGAGAUGGGAGCUCAAUUCUCCAGGGGAGGAAAUGGACACCUUGAUUCGCCAUGCGACCGUCCACUACGGCAAGGCUAUGGCGUUGGCCAGUACUUUGGAUUCACGUAACAAAGUGCUCGCCUUGGGUCUGCCCCUCAUCGCUGCAGCCAAUAUGCUUGGUCUUUGGUCCGAGUCUCACAUGCACAUCCUGUCCAGUUUUCGGAUAAUGGCUGAGGCCCAGUCAUCGGCAUUUGAUGAUGUGGAGAAACGGAUUGCCGCGACAUUGACACGGAUGGACAUGCAAUCAUUUACUUUGAGUGAUUCCGCCUCACCGUAUCCUUUCGCCCAGUCAGCCGCCGUACGAGGAAUCAACCAGGUGUUAGGUGACGGUCUAUUUCAUUCUUAUUCCCAAGCUGCAUCUACAUUAUUCGAUAUUAUACGGCAGCUCAUGGUUAAUGAUCGAAAUUACUGGGACGGCGGCAUGGACGACGUGAGCUAUCGUGCUGUUAAUGAUCAAGUGCGACUGGAUCUGGAGCACUUUGAACGCAUGAUGACCAAGUUUGAAGCCCGUCGUCAUGAUUUCCUAGACGAGCAUGCAGCCAUUUCUAUUCGAGUCUAUCAUGCCUGGCUACGAUUCAUAUUUAGAACAAAGCUAUCUGGACCGGAAGUGCGGCACGACGACUGCUUGGGAUACUUUCAACUCAUCGCGACACUUGUACACAUUUUUGUCGAGAGAAGAGGAGGAAAUAACGCCAACGAAGCGGAAUCUCUUCAACUCAGUCUUGAGCCUGCGGUAGUACUGCCUCUAUUUGAUGCUGCCAAAAGAUGUAGACAUCCUGCGUUGAGGCGCCAUAUUCUAAAUCUCAUGAAAAGAAUGAAUCGCCACGAAGGCAUGUGGAGGAGUGAUGGUGCUGCUGUAGCUAUUUCCAGUCUUAUGUAUGUGGAAGAGGAGGGACUGAGAGAGGGAUAUGAGAGUAUUGGUUCUCUGUGUGAAAAUCAUAUUUUGAAGAAGAGAGUGCAGACUGAUUCAUUGUCUAUUCCGUGGAGAGCUUGGUCUUUGGCGGACUUUUCACCAUCUACAUGCUAUUCCUGGAAUGGUAUCGAUCGCAUCCCAGAGAAGCAAAGAGUCAGUACUGUCAUGAUGGCGAAUCAACUUGACUCGAGGGAGUUGAAUUUGCAGCUUGUCAUGAGUGGAUUUGAUCCCGAGAAGCCUUUGGUUGCGAUGAAAUCAUUGACGGUGACGUUUUAG